GGGUUUUAUGCAAAUAUCUCUAUGAUCGUCUCUCGCCCAGUGUAUCGCCCACGCGUUCUUCUUCUCCCUCUUCUGUUUCUCUCUCUAGGGCUUCGUAGGGAGGAGCCGAGGGGAUCCCGACACCUUCGAAUCCAUCAACAGAUGUCGGGAGUAGAAGAAGCUAGGACUCGUUCUAGGAGCACGAAGAUCGUCGCGUUUUGAUUUCUUCUAGGACAUUAUGAAAAGUGGUGGUUUUACUAGUUCGCAGCUACUGUGAAGUUGAUUUGAGGAAUCAGAGUGAACAUGAGCGAGCUGGGCGGAAACAUUGAAAGUAUUUCUUAGGAGCAGAUGGAGCUUUCUUUCUCUCCCUUCUGCAGGAUGAUUGAUUUUCAUAGAGUCCCAUUGGUGCAAAAGUUGUUGGAUUUGUAGCUAGCAAUGAUCUAAUAAAAGAAGUGUGGUGAUCUCUAUAUUGCCACAAGCUUGUUGGCAAAACUGUUAAAAGUUGGCAUAAGCUUUGUCAUGUUGAUGUUCUUGAAGCACCUUUGUUUAGAGACAACCAAGAAGCUAUUCCAGUCAAAAAAUGCCUCUCUGUGCUUAGCUGAGUGAAAGAUGAUUGUAAUUUAUCCUGAUUAUCUUGAUAAGCAGGAUGUUGUUUUAGGAUUCUCUAAGAGUAGUCUUGAUGUAUUGAGUUGUCCUAAGUUUAUUAAUUAAAAUCUUGAUUCAGUUCGAUCUUUCCUUCUGAUGUAAAUGCAGCUUUGUUCUAUUGAAGUAUUUCAAGGUUCAUGUGCAAGGAUGAUUAGUUUACUACAAGUUGAUAAGUCUAUCAACAUCUUUAGCUUGGCAGAGACAAUCCUAAGCCUAUCUGUUUUUGAAGGAAGACGAUCAGGGUUUACAAACAAAGCACUAAAGUUACGGUCUUGUUAAGAGGACUUAAAAAGAUGAAUGACAGUGCUAGGAAAAGGGCAUCCAAAUGGGAUUUGAAAGAAGGGCCUCCGGAAGAAGUAAAAACUGAGUUUUCCGUGCAGAGAGAUAAUUCUGAAACAGAUCAAAAGUUCACUGACUGGUCAGACAUGGAAGAUGGUGAGAAUAAUAGUGGAUCAUCUAAAGCUUUUCCUUUAGGGUCUCAACCACCUGAAGAGGCAUUUUACACUGAAUCUGGGAACAAGAUUGAUUCGAAGAAUUCAUUAUGGAACCCGGAUGGUGAGAAUCAAUCUAUGGUUAAAAAUGCUGACAAAAGUGGAAUGGUAGAGGGAUGGGGUACAGCAAUCAAGUCAAGCAUGUCACCUGGUCUCAAUCCAUGGAGGCAGCACAGUUGCAGUCCAUCUCCAAGAGGUGGUUCUAACAAGCCAUCCAGGAAAAGAAGUCGAACGAGGAGUAGAAGCAGAAGCAGAAGCAGAAGCAGGAGCAGAAGCCCUUAUGGUCAAAAGCAUGGUAUUGAAAGGAGAGGGGACAGAGGUAGAACAGUUGGAGUGUUGGUUCAACCUUGCAGAGAUUUUUCUUCUGGGCGAUGCAGGAGAGGAAAUCAAUGCAGAUUCCUUCAUGAGGACAGUGAUCGGAGACACUUUGACAGGCCUUACCAAACAGAUUUGCGGGAAGGUCGAUCUGAAAGGGCAAAAUACCAUCGUAACGAGAUUGAGAAUGAUUUUUCUGAUUCACGAGAACACAAUUAUCAUUCACGGAAUAAGCCAUCUCAGAGGCAAGGAGGGGGCCAUUUUGAUGAAGGUGGUAGUUGGGAAAAGCUUGAUCCACGUAGAAAUAACAACAAAUCAACUGAAAGAUGUUAUGAUUUUUCGAAGGGAAGAUGCCAAAGAGGCGCAAAUUGCAGAUUCAUUCAUCAUGAAGCUUCUUCCCACAGUGGGUAUAGUAUUAAAGAUGAGGCUAGGGAGCCUAGGGAAAGGGAAAGAGAAAGGGAAAGGGAAAGGGAAAGAGAAAGAUCCCAUUAUAAUAGUAGAAAUAAUAGUAGUGAGGUAUCUUUUGGCAGAAGUACUGAGACAAAAAGGGUAAAUGAUGAGCCCUGUAAGUUUUUUGCUGAAGGGCGUUGUCACCGCGGUGAGCGCUGCAGGUUCUCGCAUCAAAAUAAUAUGGAAGUUGGGACAAAUGAUGAUAAGUGGAACACCAAUCAUGAUGAUUUAUCAAGAAAUGACUCGAGUUGGGGUGAUCGAACUGCAAUUGUUGACGCAACCAACUCUCCUCAAAAUGCUCCUCCAGUCUCUCGUGAGAUGAAAAUAACUGUAGAGGCAUCUGGAUUCAAGGAUGGAAGCGGACCCGCGCUUGCAGGACCAAACUUGGGCCAUCCAUCCCAGAACCAAUUUAUCAAUCCCGGGGUUCCUAAUGUGCAAAAUUUUUCUCAAAGUGUCCCUGCGAUGCCUUUUAAUGGUCAAAUGCAACAAGUGGCCUUUCCAAUGCACCCAGUUGGGCAGAGUCAUUUCAUAGCUCAACAAGCCCCUCCUCAUAUAGGACUCAACCAACAGGGGAUUAAUCUUGGCGGGCAGAUUUCACAGAGUCGUUCUCAAUUGCUUCAAAGUAAUGGUCAAGGCCAACAGGAAAAACUCUUUGGUGGGCAAGGUCUACAUAAUCUUUCUAUUCAAAAUGUAAAAAUUCAACAGACUCUUUCUUCUGUGGAGGGACAAAGCCAAGAGAAAGUCAUUGUUCCUAUGCCUCAAAAUAGAGAAGGAAUACAGAAUGUCCAAGUAGGGAAAAACCAGUUUGAAACCCCUCAUACUACUUCGAGUUUAGAAAUCAAACUGUUGGAGCCAGGCUCUGGAACUUCGAUCGCCCCUAAAGUAGUGACGAGCGAGCAGGCUGCUCGAAUUACCGACCUUUCGGCUUCUUUGGCGCAGUUCUUUGGAAGUGCUGCUUUAAAUGCCAGUCCAAUGGGACUUGUGAUGCCUUUGAAUCCUACUGUACCCUCAUCUGUUUCUACUGAACAAAAAAAUCCCUUGAUGGAGGAACUGAAUAGAAAUUCAGCGAACUUAGUUCCUUUGACUAUUGCUGAUGGUAAAAGGGAUUCCAAGUCAGAAGACCACGAAAUUGUUGAAACCAAGCAAGUUGAGACUAACGCUCCUUCGAAGGAAGUCCAUGAAAAGGAGUUAGUCCAAGGUAAAGAAGAAGAACAGAAUGGUGUUCCUGAAGAAGCAAAUGCGGAUGUUGUGGCGGAUGGCGAGAAUAAGAAGAGCAAGGAUUCUAAAGCACUGAAAAUGUUUAAGUGUGCGCUUGUCGAGUUUGUUAAGGAUGUACUGAAGCCCUCUUGGAAGGAAGGUCAUUUGAGCAAAGAAGCUCAUAAAACUAUAGUGAAGAAGGUGGUUGAGAAAGUGACUGGUGCUAUUCAAGGUCCUAACAUCCCUCAAACCCAGGAGAAAAUUGAUCUCUAUCUAUCAAACUCUAAGGCGAAACUCAACAAGCUUGUACAGGCGUAUGUAGAGAAAUAUGUGAAGAGCUGAGCCUGCUCUGUGCAAAGCCAAGCUAUUUGUCUGUCAUCGUCCCGUCGAAAAGCUCCAUCUCUACUUCCAAUGAUGAAGUUUUUUUGUAAAUUUUGGAGGCUUUGCUAAUUGACUAGAGAAUGUUUUCUUCUUUCGGCUUCGGUACUUCUAUUUGAUACUAGACGGGUGUUUUCCGUGAUCUUUCCGAUGCAUUGAAGAAUUAUAAACUCAAACUUAUCUUUACUUGUGUCAGUCGGUGGCAAUGUGUAGAAAUGAUGCCCAAAAGUUUCUAUGCUCCUCUGUUGUGUC